ACCACUCUGUGGAGAGGAGCUUGGAGCAGACAGAAAAUCAGCUUUCUCUUUUAAAGCACAAGCACAGCAGACAGUGCUCUCACCCCAAGGACUACAUUACUUAUUUUUGUACUCUCCUCGGUGUGAAAAGAGACCUGGACAACCUGUGCAGGUUUGGAAGCAAUGGUCCCACUGGUAUCCUGGGAGAAGGAUGCAUUGGAAAUGAAGGAUUGAGGGCAUGAGCAGUGCAGGAGUGCCCUCUUUCUGCAGCAGCUAUGUUACACCGAAUGUGGCAGCUCUGUGGGAAGUGGUGCCGUUGGUCCAGCCCUUUCAUCCAUCUCCUCACCCUGACUGUGGUGACUUUUGGUGUGCUGGCACCUUUGAUCUGCCACCGGCUCCUGCACUCUUACUUCUACCUGCGGCGCUGGCACCUGAAUCCCAUGAGCCGGGAGUUCCUGGAGCAGAACCAGCAGGAGGGCCAGGAUGCUCUCCAUUACUUUGAGAAGAUGCAGAUGCCAAAUGCCUCCGAGGCCUCUGGCAGUGAUGCCUUCCAGCCCUUGCUGCUGAUCACCAUUAUCACUGUGCAGAGGCAGAAUGAUUUCCACUAUGUCUUGCAAGUGGCCUCCCACUUCCACCGUCUUCUCCAGAAAUGUGGGGCGCAUUGCCAGAACCACCGCAUGCUCCUCUGUAAUGUGGAGUCAGACCCCAGCAGCCAUCAGGAUGUCAGGCUGCUGAGCAGUCUCUUUCCUAUAGUCAGUCGUGACAGAACUGGAGAGAAUCCUGAUCCCAGCCUGAACCAGUUUGAGAAGGAGAAGCAGGACUACGUCUUCUGCCUGGAGCAGUCACUGUUGGUGUACAACCCAGAGUACAUCCUCCUUGUGGAAGAUGAUGCUGUGCCAGAGGAGGAGAUAUUUUCUGUCUUGCAGCACCUCUUCUCGGCCCGGUUCUCCAAGCCCUACCUCAGAGACGCUCUCUACUUCAAACUGUACCAUCCCGAGAGGCUCCAGCGCUACUUCAACCCCGAGCCCAUGAGGAUCCUGGAGUGGCUGGGCCUGGGCAUGUUCCUGGGGCCGGUGCUGAGCUGUGUGUACUGCCGGGCCGCAGGGCGGGCGGGCCCCAGCUGGUGCCUGGUGGCUUUCUUCGCCCUGUACAGCAUGGCCCUGUCCGAGCUGGUGGGGCGGCACUACGGGCUGGAGCUGCGCCGCCUGCACCCCGCGCUCUACAACGUGGUGCCGGCCAGCGAGUGCUGCACGCCUGCCAUGCUCUUCCCUGCUGCCUCUGCCCGCCGGGCCUCAGGAUACUUGCGGGGGCUGGGCUGCCGCAGGGGCUUCGCCAAGGACACCGCCCUCUACUCGCUGCUGCAGGGCAAGGGCGAGAAUGCCUUCGUGGUGGAGCCCAACCUGGUGCGGCACGUGGGGAUGUACUCCAGCCUCCGACUGAACAGUGACCCGAAACUGCUGUGAGCUGCUCCUGCCUUGCUGCACAAAAACACCCAGGGCACUCGCCAUGGGGCAGAGGGACAGUGUACAAACUUGGAUUCUGUGCUGCCCGCACUGGGCAGCCCAUGUCUCCAUGUGGGCAAAGAAUAACUCUCUCUAAAAGUACAAGUUUUCUUUAAAAAUCAGCUUUUGUUCACAGAGACCCUAUUUAAUACGAACUUGGAACUAAUCACCAUGCACCACCUGGGAGGGAACUGGAGGAUUCCAGAUCACUCUCCUUAGUCAUUCCCAAAGAAAAGCUCUCACACCAACACGCACAGCUUUCCUGCCUACUGCCCUGGACAAUGGUUACAAAAAUCCUUACGUUAGGGCAGCAGAAAUGUUUCAAUGUUUAGGACAGUGAAUGUUUCAAAUUUAAGCUAAUGAGGAGGGGAGGCCUUAUUUCCCCAUCCUUACUAAGGUCUCAUCUCUGACCUGUCUCUGUUCUGCUGUGGUUUUGAGUAGACCCUUCAAAAGCAGAAGUGGUUUGCAGGAACUUUCCCACAGAUUCUGCCU